AGGCCCACUGGUUGACAUUGAACGCAGUCGCUGCGAAGGUCUCAAAGAGUGCGAAGAUGCUCAGAGUGUUGACGGUGUUGGCGUGCCUGCUGCUGGGGCCGUCGGCCAGCCAGUACGCCGCCUCCCGUCGCAGCAGCCCGCCCGUGCCCAUCCUGCGACAGGUCAGCACUUCGCACGACGACGGCUCCUACACGUACGGCUACGAGGCCGGCGACGGCUCGUUCAAGCUGGAGACGCGGCGCGCCGACGGUGAGGUGUUUGGCAAGUACGGCUACAUCGACGGCAGCGGUGAGCUGCGCACCGUCGAGUACGGCGCCAACCGGCUGGGCUUCCAGCCCUCCGGCGCAGGCAUCACCGUCGCGCCGCCCACGCUCGUCGACGAGACCCGCCGCUACCGCGACGACGGCGAGAACCGACGCUACGACGACGGCCAGUACCGACGCUACUACGACAACGGCGGGUACCGCCGCGGCCAGCAGGGCGCGCAGGUCGGGGCGAAUCUUCCGGACAACGUGGACCUUGAGACGGGCUCCUAUCGGCUGAAUUAUGUCGGGAAGAAGUAG